AUGGCCUACGGAGCGUCUCCAAAGUUACCAGGCCAUCUCCAAGUGGUAUAUCAUUCAGCGAACGACAUUAAAGUGGGCACUUUAGUUCUAAUUUCAGAUGAGCGCUACCCGCCAGGAAAGUGGCCCCUUGCUAGAGUCCUAGAGCUUCACCCGGGACCCGACGGAUUGACUCGGGUUGUGACUGUGAAAACUCCAGCAACUAGUGAGCAACCGCUACGAGAACGGACGUGCUUUUCUUGGCUCUUCACGAAGUCGACAGAUACUCGACAGUCGAGGGCAGCCUCAUACGGAGUCUUCCUACGGAAGACAUGCGGGGUAAAACCCAUCUACGUGCCACGGUCGCUUCCUAGCGAACGGUCGAGGGCAGCUUCAUACGGAGUCUUCCUACGGAGGACAUGCGGGGUAAAACCCAUUUACUUGCCACGGUCGCUUCACAGCGAACGGUUGAGGGCAGCUACUACGGGGAGAGGUUCGCAAGAACAUCUCAUGCAAAAGGGGGCGGCUUUCUCCGCCAUUGGCAGCGCCCUAGCGGCAAUAUUAGUUUUGAGUGCCAUGCUCUUGAUCGAACGAGGAGACGCCGACGGGCUAAUCCUCUCGAUAUACUCGGGCCGGGAGGACACGCCUGUGGGCUCAUCCUCUCGGCAUUCUCUUGAUCGAAUGAGGAGACGCCGACGGGCUAAUCCUCUCGAUAUACUCGGGCCGGGAGGACACGCCUAUGGGCUCAUCCUCUCGGCAUUCUCCUGAUCGAACGAGGAGACGCCGACGGGCUAAUCCUCUCGAUAUACUCGGGCCGGGAGG